CUGAACUGGAAUAUGAAUGCAAGACUGAAAUGAACACGUCACCCACCAUGACCUUGAGAGAAGAAAAGUAUUCACCAAUGGAAAUUAAAGAUGAAUUUGAUUCAAGAGAGUAUGGUGACUUUGACUCUUUACCUACAAGAGACAUUCAAAGGAUCCAAUCUAACAAGAAAGGGAAUACUGAGGGAAAAAGAAACAAAGAGACACGUCAUGGAAGCCUCCAGCGCAGAAAGACUUCAUGCCAGGAAAUACAUCAGCGACAGGACACCGGGGAGAAACAACAUGAAUGCUCCCAGUGUUUCAAAACAUUUGCUAGACGUUGCUAUCUUGUAAUUCAUCAAAGAAUACACACAGGAGAAAAGCCCCCUCAGUGCAGUACAUGUGGGAAGGCCUUCAGUCAAAUGUCUAAUCUCAAGAAACACCAGAAGAUCCAUACUGGGGAAAAGCCCCAUCAGUGCAGUACAUGUAAGAAGGCCUUCAGUCAAUUUGACAAGUCUACUCUCAAGACACACCAGAGGAUCCAUACUGGGGAAAAGCCACACCAGUGCAGUACAUGUGGGAAGGCCUUAAGUUGCAUGUCUGCUCUCAAGACACACCAGAAGAUCCAUACUGGGGAAAAGCCACACCAGUGCAGUACAUGUGGGAAGGCCUUUAGUCACAUGUAUCAUCUCAAGACACACCAGAUGAUCCAUACUGGGGAAAAGCCACACCAGUGCAGUACAUGUGGGAAGGCCUUUAGUGACAUGUCUCCUCUCAGGAGACACCAGAUGAUCCAUACUGGGGAAAAGCCACACCAGUGCAGUACAUGUGGGAAGGCCUUUAGUAAAAUGUUUCAUCUCAAGUUACACCAGAUGAUCCAUACUGGGGAAAUGCCACACCGGUGCAGUACAUGUGGGAAGGCCUUUAAUCAAUUGUGUCACCUCAAGAAACACCAGAAAAUCCAUACUGGGGGAAAGCUGUAUCGGUGUACUACAUGUGGAAAGUAUUUCAGGAGUAGCUCUGACCUCAACACACAUCAGAUUACACAUACCAGAGAAAAGCCACAUCAGUGUUCUCAAUGUGGAAAGGCCUUUAGCCAUAUGUCUGUUCUCAAGAACCACCAGAGGAUCCAUACUGGGGAAAAGCUGUAUCGGUGUUGUCAGUGUGGAAAGGCCUUUAGCCGAAUAUCUGUUCUCAAGAGGCAUCAGAGGAUCCAUUCCAAUGAUGUGCUGCCCUGAUAAUACAUGAUAGAGUAUCUCUUACUGAAAUAUUUCUUGAUUAGCUGAGUUUUAAACAACAAGUUUGAUGUACAACAUGAAUCAUUUUUUAUCAUAUUUGGAACGUAUGUAAGUGUACAGAUUGAAACACAAAUUGUUAGGGUACAUGAAUUGAAUAAAUACAAAAACUUGAAGUGA